AUGCCGCCCAGACUAUCAGCCCUGCGGGCUUUCAGCUCGCUGACGUCCAAUCCGACCCCAUGCCUAUCCUUGUUCGCCCCGCUGCUCCAGCAGCCCCAGCAAACCCGCGCCGCUUCGAUUCUUGCCGGCUUGUCUGACGCUCCCGGUGCCUACAACAAGAGGAUACGGCGAGGCCGUGGCCCCGCCUCGGGGAAGGGAAAGACAUCGGGUCGAGGUCACAAGGGUCAGAAGCAGCAUGGGAAGGUGCCCGUCGGCAUGAAUGGUGGCCAGACGCCAUACGAGGUGACGCAUCCGGAGAAGGGUUUUGUCAACCUCUUCUCCGUGGAGAUGAGCCCAUUGAACCUGGACCGUCUGCAGCAAUGGAUCGAUCAGGGCCGCAUCGAUCCAUCCAAGCCCAUAACCAUGAGGGAGCUUAACAACUCCAGAUGCUUGCAUGGCGUGAAGGACGGCGUCAAGCUGCUAGCUAGGGGCUCCGAGAAGUUACGCACUCCGGUGAAUCUCGUAGUUUCGCGUGCCUCCGCAGCCGCCAUUGCCGCAGUUGAAGCUGCGGGGGGCUCUGUAAUCACGAGGUACUACUCGCCCAACGCCAUCAAACAUGUCCUGCGUGGUCUCAGCGACCCCAUCGUCUCACUCCAAAUGCCGAGUGAACUGGCCUCCGCAUCCGGCAACUUCAAGUACAGACUGCCCGAUGCCACGAGCAGAAAAGACAUCGAAUACUACCGUGAUCCUGCCCACCGAGGCUAUCUCAGUCACUUGGUUCCCGCCGGAGAAGGCCCAAGUUUGUUCUUCAAGACGCCGAACUCGAGCAAGGCCGUGAAGAAGAGUUCCACCAAGCCGAAGGGAGCGGCCGCCGAAAACCGGAUCUGGUGA